AUGGAUCAACAAGAUGAGCUUCUCAACGCAAUGAGGCGUAACCGCAACAUAUCUUUCCGGAAUGUCGUCAACAAGCAAAGGGUCGCAGAGGCAGUCGCCCAAAGGUUCAGAACUCCUGGUCCAGCCCUCCUUGACACCGACGAAGUGCGAGACUGUGUCAUCUGCAGCGACCCUUUCGACACGUCAGGAGAUAAAUUGGUUCCUGAGCAUCUCGCCAUCGUUCAACUUCCUUGCUGCACCAAGUUUAUCCACACGCGGUGCUUCAAAGGAGUGACCACUGGCAAGAAACAAGCAUGCCCGUUCUGCAACGCCGAUCUCGAAACAAUAGGCAUGAACCCAGGCGACGGGACCGAAUUUUUGUCAUUUUCAUUACGCCACGCAGAGCUCCCACCUGGGCUACACCGUUUUUCAACAGGCAUAGAGAAGGCCAUUGCAUCAUUCAUUGAUCCAAAUGGCAUCGCUUUACUGAAAAAGCUGAACAGGGUCAUCGAAGACGAGGAGGGUAUGCCCAGGGGUACUCUUGGUGCGGUGUACAGGGACUGGCAUAUGAAUGCGUAUUAA